ACUGGACUAAGUGGGGCCACCUGACGGGGUUGGCCGAGGGACUGUCGGCUACGCUGCAGGCGGCCGCGGGGGAAACAGGUGAAUCUGACCCUCUGCACCUCUCCCGCGCCCCCAAUAUACACCCAUCCGCCCCACCGGGUCGGCUGUAGCCAUGGACCCGGGCCCCCGCGUCCGCCGUGCCCCUUGUGGCCAGCGCCUGCCCCUCUGCGCCUUGGCGCUGGCCCUGGCAGCUGCCGGCUGUCGCGUAGCCUCCGCCUUCAACCUGGACACCCGGUUCCUGGUGGUGAAGGAGGCCUCGAACCCUGGGAGCCUCUUCGGCUACUCGGUCGCCCUCCACCGGCAGACUGAGCGGCAGCAGCGCUACCUACUCCUUGCUGGUGCUCCCCGGGACCUUGCUAUACCCGAUGGCUACACCAACCGGACAGGUGCAGUGUACCUGUGCCCCCUCAGCUCCCAGACAGAUGACUGUGAACGGAUGGAUAUAGAGGAAAAAAGUGAUCCCAGGCAGCACAUUAUUGAGGACAUGUGGCUUGGGGUGACAGUGGCCAGCCAGGGACCGGCAGGCAGAGUGUUGGUCUGCGCCCAUCGCUACACCAAGGUGCUAUGGUCAGGGUCAGAGGACCAGCGGCGGAUGGUGGGCAAGUGUUACGUGCGGGGCAACGAUCUGCAACUCGACUCCAGAGACGACUGGCAGACCUACCACAAUGAGAUGUGCAACAGCAACACAGACUACCUGGGCACAGGCAUGUGCCAGAUGGGCACCAGUGGGGGCUUCACCCACAAUACUGUGUACUUUGGCGCACCUGGUGCCUACAACUGGAAAGGUACCACCUAUAUGAUCCAGAGGAAAGAUUGGGAUUUUUCAGAGCACAGUUACACAAACGCAGAGGACCUAGGGCAUCUCUAUAUUGGGUACACAGUACAGGUGGGGAAUGGCAUCUUGCACCCUGAGAGUCUCACCAUUGUGGCUGGUGCUCCCCGGCACCGUCACGUGGGCUCUGUCUUCCUCAUGAACGUGGAGGCAGGUGGGGAAAUGGAGAUGAAGCAGGUGUUGGAAGGGGAGCAGGUGGGUGCUUACUUCGGCAGCGCCAUCGCCCUAACGGACCUUAACAAUGACGGGUGGCAGGAUCUCCUGGUGGGUGCCCCCUACUACUUUGAGCGGAAGGAAGAGAUCGGUGGUGCAGUCUACAUUUUUAUGAAUCAGGGGGGCAUCUUCCCCAUUCACCCUUCGCAACAUCUCCAUGGCCCAAAUGGCUCAAACUUUGGCUUCUCUGUGGCCAGCCUCGGAGACAUCAACCAGGACGGCUUCCAGGAUGUUGCAGUGGGUGCUCCAUUUGAGGGUUUGGGCAAAGUCUACAUCUACCACAGCAGCGCCUCAGGCAUCAGCAACCGACCUCAGCAGGUGAUUCAUGGGGAAAAGCUUGGCACCCCUGGCCUGGCCACCUUUGGCUACUCGCUGAGUGGGCGGCUCGACGUGGAUGAGAACUCAUACCCCGACCUGCUGGUGGGGAGCCUGGCUGACCGCAUCGUGCUGUUGCGAGCCCGUCCAGUUAUCAACAUCCUUAACAAGACUCUGGCAGUGAGGCCUACUAUGCUGGAUCCUAGCCGCUGUACUUCCACCUCCUGCAUUCAGGUCGAGGUGUGCUUCGCCUACAACCAAAGUGCAGGGAAUCCAAGCUACAGACAAAACAUCACCCUGGCAUAUACCCUGGAGGCAGAUCGAGAUCGACGCCCACCCCGAGUCCGGUUUGCUAAGAGUCCUUCUUCUGUUUACCAUGGAUUGUUUUCCAUGCCUGACACCCGCUGCCAAACCCUUGAUCUGCUUCUGGUGGACAGUAUUCGGGAUAAGCUCCGCCCCAUCUCCAUCUUCAUGAACUACUCCUUACCAGAGAAGCUUCCUGAGCACCCACGCCUAGGACUCCAUUCCCUGGAUGCCUUUCCUGUCCUUAAUGAGGCCCAGCCCCGAGAGAACCAAACAGAGAUUCAGUUCCAGAAGGAGUGUGGUAUUGACAACAAGUGUGAUAGUAACUUACAGCUUCAGGCUGCCUUCUUGUCUGAACGGCUACAACCCAUUAAAAGACUCCAGUACAGUAAGGAUGUCCGGAAGCUGUACUUGAACAUCAAUAUAACCAACAUGCCCAGCAGGAAUCGCGCUGGGGAGGACGCUCAUGAGGCCUUGCUCACCUUAGUUUUGUUUCCAGCCUUACUUAUCUCCUCCAUCCGCCCUGCUGGAGCCUGCCAGGCCAAUGAGACUAUCGUGUGUGAGCUGGGAAACCCAUUUAAGAGGAACCAGAAGAUGGAGCUGUCUAUUGCCUUCGAGGUUGUGGGUAUCACCCUGCAGACUCAGGACAUCGAGGCUCAGUUGCAGCUUUCCACGUCCAGUCACCAGGAUAACCUAAAGCCUGUGACCUUGAUGCUACAGGUGGAUUAUGCACUCCAGGCCUCACUCAGCAUGGUGAAUCACCGGCUACAGAGUUACUUUGGGGGAACAGUGAUGGGAGAGGCAGGCAUGAAAAAUGUCACUGAUGUGGGGAGCCCUAUCACCUUGGAAUUCCAGGUGGGCCCAAUGGAUGAGGGGCUGGCAGCUUUGGGAACUCUGGUCCUGGGGCUAGAAUGGCCCUAUGAAGUUAGUAAUGGCAAAUGGCUUCUGUACCCCACCGAGAUCAUCAUCCAGGGCAAUGGAACUCAGCAUUGCCAGCCACCUGGGGACCUUAUCAAUCCUCUCAACCUCACUAUUUCUAGGGAUGAAGCCUCUUCCCAUCGACGAUGGCGAAGGGAGUUGGAUCCUGGAGAAUCACAGGCACCUCCUCCUAUCACCCUGGCCACUUCCAAGAAGGCAGAGUCAGAGACUCUGUUGUCCUGUGCCAAUGGUCGUGCUCACUGUGUGUGGCUUGAAUGCCAGAUUCCUGAUGUCUCAGUACCCUCUACCAUGACGGUGCAGGCACGAGUGUGGAACAGCACCUUCAUUGAGGAUUACAGUGAUUUUGACAGGGUCAGGGUGGAUGGCUGGGCCACACUCUUCCUCCGAACCGACAUCCUGACCAUCAGUAUGGAAAACAAGACGACGUGGUUUUCUGUGGACAUUGACUCAGAGCUGACCGAAGAACUCCCUGCUGAGAUUGAACUUUGGCUGGUCCUAGUUUCUGUGGGAGCUGGGCUGUUACUAUUGGGGCUUAUCAUCCUCUUGCUUUGGAAGUGUGGCUUCUUCAAACGAGCUAGCACUCGGGCCCUGUAUGAAGCCAAAGGGCAAAAGGCGGAGAUGAAGAGCCAGCCUUCUGAGACGGAGAGGCUGACCGACGACUACUGAGGGGAGACCCAUCCCUCCCCACCCCACACACACCCCGGUGUGAUUUCUUCAAACGGACCCAUUAUUACCGGAUCAUGCCAAAGUACCAUGCUGUGCGGAUUCGGGAGGAGGAGAGGUACCCACCCCCAGGGAGCACAUUGCCCCCCAAGAAGCACUGGGUCACCAACUGGCAGGAUCGGGACCGAUACUACUGAUAUUUUUCCUAAACUUUCAUCCGUGUUUGUCUUCACUACCCACUUCCCCAAAUCCCAUCCCUUUCCGUUCUAUUUAUCUUAAGUUAUGCCUCCUGCUGCCUGCAGAGGGCGCCACUUGGUCCUUGGCACCUUUAGGUCCAGGAUUCUUUUCUCCAUCUCCUCCCACCACUAUGGCCAGGGAAGUGCCUUCCCUUACCUUCCUAAACAUAAUCCCUUGCCUCUCCCCAUUCUCUGUCUCUCUCUCUCAUUCUCUACCUCCCUCCCCCUGUUCCCCUCUUCCCCUCUCUUCCUCUCUU